AUAACUCACUUGUCAGUGAAAUUUUUUCUCUUUGAAAUUUGAAUAUACUUAUCCGUAUCUGAAUCAUGCAUUUGUUCGCGGACAGCUGUCAGAGUGGCCAAGUGUACGACAUGUACCAGUGGAACGCUGUGGAUGUGCUGAUCAAUGGUUCGCUGCAGCACGGCAUCGUCAAGGAAAUAUCUGCAGCCUCUGCGGACGGCCAGAAGCACGGCCUGCGGAUCGACUUCUGCUGUCCGCAGCGACGUUACGAGUUUGUCGAGUACGGCAACAUCUUCCGCAGUCCGGACGUUGUCGAGUAUUCCUGGGAGCGAUGGAAGCAGGUGACUGCGUGGGCGGAGACCCGUACUGCGCUGCAGGCCUUGCUGCGUGUCGGACGAGAUCGCGCGUGGACCUGGUGGCCCGUGCAACUAGCCGUGCCUAAGGACGACAAUGUGCGCCGAGCGUAUUGCAACGACAUCGAGUGUGGACUGGUGGAGGUGCAGUGGGGCGCUGCGCAGACGAAGGAGCUGAUUCCGCUCGCCCAGAUCCGCUGUGUACCCUCAUCCGAGGAUCUGCAGGUGCGCCGCGUGGGUGCAGAUUAUUUUGUGGUCCGCGCAUGCCGCCUGCCUAAGGGAUAUUGGGUGGAUCCCCCGCUGGCAGCAAGACUGCUGUGGCAGAAGAUCAACCGCGAGUUCAGCGCCUGCUGCGUCGUCGUGCGCAAGGCCAGCUUCACGUACUUACAGCGCAGCGAUGCAGAUCCUAUUCUACUCGAUAAACUGGAAGAAACCUUUGACUUCGCUAAAAGCCACCAGUCUGUUCAGUACACCGCCCACAGCGACAGCGGAAAACUCUCCGAGGAGAAUGGCAUGGGCAUCGCUUCGUGGAGUUCGUUCCCCCUUUAAAAAGACUCAGAGCUGCUUACGCCGAUCAGAAUCUAGUGGGACGCGGCAUGCCCUUACCCCGCCAAGUCCUGGCGGAAAUCUUCCAGUCACUGGACAGCAUCGAGCGGCUGCGGAAGCGACGCGUCUGCCGCCUGUGGGAGGCGACACUGGACGCGGGCGCCAUCGGUACGUUCCUGUGGAUUUCCUGCCGGCAUUCCUUCUACAAGGCCCGCACCGAGGUGACGGAGCACUUUCUCCUGGCGUCCUGCAUCCUCCAGUGCGCCACGCCCGCCACGGAGACCAUCUUAUUGGAAGAUUCGAGGAAAUUGUCGUACUUGUCGCGGGACGUGUAUGGCUUGUUAGCCAAUCUGUUGCAGCAGCAACGCAUUCAGUUGCUGGUCUUGGCCGGGAACGAUUUCAGCGAUGACGACUGCAAUCUGCACGAUUAUUUGGACUGGAUCAACGACCAUCUGUCGCGGGUGGCCGCGACCUGCCCAGUGGUCGUAUGGCGCGAUUGCGAGUUGGCGCUAACGCAGACUAGCGCGAAAGUGGAAUUUGCGCGGUUCCGCCUGUCGGAUGCCCCCGCACUCCGAUUGACGCAGUUGUGGGACGUCUAUGAAAGGUCACUGGUGGCGCGGGAGAUGGUCGAUGUGCCGCGGCUCGCCGCGCGGGUGGCGCGUUGUAUCAGGAAGGCCAAAAAGGAUAUCUCCGCGUGCAAGGGCAUAUUAUGGGUUUUGAACAAGUACAUCGGUGCGGAUCCGCGCACGACGCAUGGUGCGCAGCAAGAGUGGACUAUGGGGAAUCUCAGCACACUGGAUGUGUUCAAGCUGACGAAAGUGGCACAGUACGCCUUGGACAGCCGGGUUGACGAUGUUUAGCUGAAGAUGAUCGAUUCCUGGAUUUUCUCUGCUUUUUUCACCAGCUGUGCUGGCGCUGAUUGUAAGUUGCCUUCGGGUUGUGUUUAGCGCUUUUGACUCUUUAGGGUCGGAACAUUUGUGAUGAAUUGUAACACCAGUUUUCCUUCCACUGACUAGAGUUGUGCCGCUUUUACAUUGCAGCUUUUACAUUGCUCAUUUACCGCUUUUACAUUUGCUCAUUUUUAUGCAUCUAAAAUCUAACUCGG